AAUUCAUAUGAGGAUUAACGGCUGGUUGGAUCUCUGGUUGCUAUUAUUCAAAAAUGUUUUGUAUACAAGAUACGAUAAAUAAUGUAAUGAAAAUUAGAUUCAAUUUAGGAAAUUCGAAAACUGAAGCUAUGGCUAAUUGCGUAGAUUCUACUUCGACGCCAUCUGAGGAAGAGUUAGGUCUUUUUUCGCAAUCUGAGGCUGUAGAAGGUGAUGAUGAAAGAGAAGAGGAUAGUUCAGAUUCCAACGUAUCUACUCCUAAAUUUUUAAGGAAAAGAGUUGGAUUUUCUGAUGGAACUUCAUCAAUAUUGGAUCCUCCACCCUUCGAUGUUUCGGAUGAUGAAGAUGAAAACGGUCUAGAUUUAUUAGCUAAUACCAAAAAAGCUGUUAAUCAGGCAGAAGAACUUGUUAGAAGAGUUUGGCAAAGAGGAUGGCAAGUUGUUCAUCACUCACAUUUACCGAAAUGGCUACAGGAUAAUAAUUUUUUAGUGGGUGGACAUCGUCCUCCAUUAAGGUCUUUUUUGGCUUGUUUCAAGUCGAUUUUUCGUAUUCAUACUGAAACAGGAAAUAUUUGGACUCAUCUCUUGGGAUGCGUUGCCUUCAUUGGAGUAACAGUUUCCUUUCUGAGUAGGCCAAGUUUGGAAAUACAAUGGCAAGAAAAAGCGGUCUUCUCAACUUUCUUCAUAGGCGCUAUACUGUGUAUGCUUUUCUCAUUCCUUUUUCACACAGUUUACUGUCAUUCGGAGGCUGUUGGAAAAUUCUUUAAUAAGUUGGACUAUUGUGGUAUAGCACUCUUAACAAUGGGAUCUUUCGUUCCUUGGCUAUAUUACAGCUUCUACUGCACAACAGCACCAAAAAUUUCAUAUAUGGCUCUGAUUUUUAUUCUAGGGACAGCUUGUAUUGUUGUGUCAAUGUGGGAUAAAUUUGCAGAACCACAGUUUCGUCCAAUACGAGCCGGAACAUUCAUCGCUUUGGGUUUGAGUGGUGUCAUACCUGCUAUGCAUUAUGUAAUCACCGAGGGUAUUGAUCGAGCUAUAAAUGUAGCUGCAAUGGGUUGGCUUGUCCUUAUGGCUCUUCUAUAUAUUGGUGGAGCCUUAAUUUAUGCUUUCCGCAUACCAGAAAGACUGUGGCCCGGAAAGUUUGAUAUCUGGUUUCAGAGUCAUCAAAUAUUUCACGUUUUUGUUGUGGCCGCUGCAUUUGUUCACUAUCACGGAAUUUCACAAAUUGCCAAUCAUCGAUUAACGUUUGGUAAUUGUCUUGAGGCAGAUCAAAAUGGCAACCUGAUAGUCAAGUGA